CAUGCGGCGCACAUCUAAAUACGCGCAACUCGCUUAUAAUCAUUGCUGAAUAUCUGGGCCGAUCUGAUUUGCGCUGCCCAGGGAGGGGACAGCAACAGGGACAGUGAUUGGCCUCCGAACUGAGUGAAUAAGCAAACGAAUACCCAUAUACUAUAUAUACAUAAAUAAGUAUAUAUGAACAAUAUAUAGACAGAUAAAGCUUAAACAGAUAACAAAGUGAAUUGCAAGCACAAUAAUAACUUGAGCGCCAACAUCUUCAUAAAGUCCGUCAAUGGUCGUGAAAACGAACUCAAAUGACUAUGUUUGUUGUUUGCGUAAUUGAGCAAUGACAGCUAAACACUGGGCAGGUGCAUUAAGCGUUAAAAGCCAUUUAAAAAUGCUGUUGAUGUUGUGCAAAGUGGCGUAUACGCGAUUCACUAAACUCUAACCCACUCGCACGCGAUUACGCAAUCCCAAAAAAGUAAAAAAUAAAGUAAAGCGACAUAAAUUACAAACGCAUCAGCAUGAAUUGCCUCUGUCGACCAUCACGGAUAAUGCCCGUGCGCAUCAAUUUGCUGGACGAGACGGAGUUCAUACACGAGAUCAAGGAUGAUUUGCCAGGCCAAGCGCUGCUGGAUGUCGUUUUUGCCAGGCUCAAUUUAAUCGAGACUUCAUACUUUGGCAUACGUUAUAUAGACGAGGAGAAUCAAACGCACUGGCUGGAUCCUGCCUCACGCAUUUCACGCCAGCUGAAGCCCAAAGCGGAUCCCUACAACUUGUACUUCGGUGUCAAGUUUUAUGCCGCCGAUCCGUGCAAAUUGCUUGAGGAAAUUACCAGGUAUCAACUUUUCCUGCAAGUCAAGCAGGAUGUGCUCCAAGGACGUUUACCUGUGGCCUUCGAGCUGGCCGCCGAGUUGGGCGCAUUUGUGGUGCAAUCCGAGUUGGGCGACUACGACCAGCGACGGCACUCCAAGGGCUACGUCUCUGAGUUCCGUCUGCUGCCCAAUCAGAGCAGCGAGCUGGAAACGCGCGUGGCCGAACUCCAUCAACAGCUCAAGGGAAUGUCGCCGGCCAGCGCCGAGCUCAACUAUUUGGACAAAGUCAAAUGGCACGACAUGUAUGGCGUUGAUUUGCAUCCAGUGUUGGGCGAGGACAGCGUGGAGUACUUUCUGGGCCUGACGCCGAGCGGGAUUGUUGUGCUGCGCAACAAGGCGACGGUGGCUCAUUACUAUUGGCCGCGCAUUGCCAAAGUUUAUUAUAAAGGACGCUAUUUUAUGCUCAGGAUAAGCGAUAAAAAUAAUGAGCUCAGCACUUAUGGCUUCGAGACGCCACGCAAGUCCGCCUGCAAGCAUCUCUGGCGCUGCUGCGUGGAGCAUCAUGCGUUCUUCAGACAGGUGCGAGUCGCACCGCUGCCCAAUUCGCAAUCGCAUGCAGGUGAUUUGUUUCAGCUGGGCACUCGUUUCAGAUACAGCAGUCGCACGGACAAGCAAACGGAGAAGGAUGCACUUGCCGCUGGACGUGCGCCGCCUGCGUUCACGCGUGUGCCCUCCAAGCGCCAGCCCAGACGCGUGAUUGAUGACUUUUUUAACAGCAACAGCAACAACGGCAUUGGCAUUGGCAAUGGCAACAGCAAUGGGAUCGGCGUUAUGAGCAGCAGACAGCAAACAGCGCCGGGCAACGCCAACGUUUCCAAUGCCAACAACACCAGCAGCACUCUGACCAGCACCAACAACUACGAAAGCCCCUAUCGCUCCACUUACAGCAUACCAACCAGUCUGGGCGUGCGGCCCUACCAUCAGCAAUCGUCGUCAUCAACGACGCAGCAGCAGAAUAACAACUCCAGCAGCUACAACAACAAUGGCAGCAAUUUACAGACACCUGACUCGCCACGCAGCACGCGCAGCGCUCCUUGGCCGCGAUCACAGCAGCGCUCCCUCUUCGGUCACAAUCCGUCGAGUCCGCGCUCGGUGCGUUCGGCCAGCACCACGGGUGGCGGCCUGCAUCAUCAUCAUCAUCAUCAUCAUGGCCAUCAGCAACAGCAGUCAUCGUCGUCGUCGCACCAUCAGUCGCAACAGAGACAGCAGCGCGCCUCCUCCACAUCCGCCUCGCAUCAACAACGCUAUCGUUCAAGUUCCGUUGAAAGCCAUUCAUCAAAUGACUCGCGUUCGACGCGAAGCAGACACAAGCAUCGUCAUCGUCGCACCUCGGACAAUGAGAGCGAACUCUCGCGGGGCUCUGGUCGCUCCGGACGCUCACAUCACCGCAAGCAUCGCCGCUCGCAUCGGCAUCGCCGCGACUCAGCCGGCGGUGGUGGCUCGGACCACGACAGCACGCGCGGUCGAAGCUAUUCGGGACAUCGCAGUUCGUCCAUGCGCAGCGGAAGCGCUGAGCUUAUUGAUUCCACUUCGCAGUGGCGCGAAGUGCAGCGUCGACAGGCUGAGGCUAGUCUGGGCCAGAGCUCGGUGCAGCAAGCAUCUGUGUCUAAGAGCAGCAUGGUAGCGCGCAGCCUUCACAGCAACGAUAGCCACUCGGACACACAUUCGCAUCACAAGUCGCGCCGACAUCGUAAGAACAAGUCACCGUCCGAGUCGCGCAGUCGCAUGUGGAACUACGAGCUGGCCAAGCAUUUACAAUUCGAUCUGGUCGAUACUACAGGCAUGACGGAGGAUCAGUUGCGCGAAAUACCCUACACAGUGGUGGAGACUAAUUCGAAGCGCUCGAAUUCCAAUCUCAAGAUACACAAGAGCAACAGUAAGAGUAGCGUGGGUGCUAAGAGCACGGGGUCGGGCAACACCAUUACUAAUGGUAGUGGUUCGGCCAGUACGGGACAGGGCAAAAAUCGCGUAGAUCGCAUACGAGGUCUUUACUAUCAAAGCUCGAACCCACAUGACGGCAAUGGUGGCGGCGGUGGAGGAGCCAAGAAUGGCUCGAUACGAUCAGCUAGCACCAUUUCCUCGCGCGAGUGCGAACGCAACAAUGGACUAGUGCGCAUGAUGUCGAGCAUGAGUAUGGGUGACUUCAUCUCACCCACCGGCUCCAACCUUAGUCCAUUGGAGAACUCAGCACUGCGAGUUUCCCACGAGCACACCGACUCCGGUCUGGGUGCUGACCAGGAUUAUGCCUACAGCUCCGAGAGAUCUAGCGACAGCACACGCUAUGGAACGAACAAAUCAUCCGGCGCCUCCAGUGGCAGUCAUCGGAAGUCCGCCGGCACUGGCAGUGGAGCAGGAGGUGGCGGUGGCUACAAUAGCCUCAUGCAGCAGACUGUGAGUAAUCAGCAACAACAACAAAGGCAACAGCAACGCCAAAACUCCCUAUUUGCACAACGCCAACAACAACAACAACAGCAACAAGCGCACCAACAUCAAAAACCCAAUUAUAAAUACGCCUCGUCCACCAACCAGAGCCAAAGCGGCAGCCUGGCGCCCGUACACAGCUCAGUUGGACACACAUCCUCCCACUCCGCCGCUACUAACACGAACGCUGGCAGCAGCGGAGGCGCCAGCGCCGCCAAUCGCCUUCUGAAUUACACGACCUUCGAGAAUAAUCAGUAUAAGUUCAGUCUGAACAAUGCAUUGGGGAAAACGACAGCGGGGUCGGCGGCGUCGGCGACCUGCUCUGCGGCUGCCAGCAGCAACAGCAAUCUCUCGAACGGUGCAGGUAACAUUGGUGCUGGUAAUACUAAUGCUAACUCAUUCUUUGGUGUUGGUUCUGGCGGUGGCGGAGCUGCUGGGAAGCGCAGCUUCGUCGAGUGGCCGAGUAAUCCGGCCACCCCCUACUACUAUCAGGGUCCGCCCAGCUCCUCGCAGCAUGUCAAAAGACGUGAUGCCAAGUCAGACAUUGGCGUCCCCACGCGUCGUCUGUCCGGCCAGAGCCUGACCAAGACGCAGCUGCUUAGUGGCGGCCAAUUGGCUAAUGCCAGCUGUUAUCCCAUGAAUCCGGCUCCCUAUGCACCAGGCAGCUCUGCCAGUGGCUAUAUGGGCAGCAGUCGGGCGCUGGGCCAGCGCUCAAUUCACGGCGGUGGCUAUGGCCUGCAGCCAGCUAAGUCGGAUCUCUUUUUGUCCUACAUCCAUGGCGGCGAGUACGAGCGUCCCUACAUCUACAACUACAAGAUGCCGCAGAUGCCGGAAUUUGUGCGCGCGGGCGCUGGACUCGGAGCCGGUGGCGGUGGCGGCGGCGGCGGCGGCGCCAGCGGUGGGGCGAGCAGCAGUGGCUCACCGAAGCAACAGCCUACUGCGUAUCACAUUUCAGGCGCUCAGACUGCCGAUCCACCGCCACUUUACGGCGGCACGGCGCCUGCGACCGAUGUCAUGUACUAUCAGUUCGACAACGGCGGUAGCAAAGGCUCACCGCCAAUUGUGCAGCAACCGAAAUCCCAGCAGCAACAGCAGCAGCAUCAGCAUCAGCAUCAGCACCAAUCACAACAACCUCAGUCCUCAGUGGCUGGUGGCCCAUUAGUCUAUCUACAGCAUGGCCAGAAUGUCGCGCCAUCGAAUGUCACCUCAACGCAACAAACUACGACGCAUUCGUCGCAGUCAGGCAGCGAGGAUGAGGCGAUGGCCGCACUGGAGGCCUUGCAACAUGAGGCAAAUACAACUAAUGACGAAACCGAAGACACCGACGACAUUUAUGAUGACGAGGCCGCAGAAGCCGAGGACAUGUUUGACGCCGACGCGCCUUUGAUGUCGCCCACGGGCAGUGCAGGCGGCCACAAUGGCAAUCAGAGUGGCAACAACAACAACAACAUCAGCAGCAUCAUCAGCAACAUAGGCACCAGCAGCAGCAGCAACAACAACAGCAACAGCAGCAGCAGCAACAAUCAGUCGCGCAAUGCUCUGAAAAUGCACUCGAACUCGAAUGCAAAUGCAAAUGCUACCACAUCCAUUUCCGCUUUAGCCAAUAUUAAUCUCGAUAAUUGCAAUGCGAAUGUCUACAACGGUCAACAGCAGCCGCAACAACAGCAGCAACAACAACACCAGCUAGCAACAUUUACCGCAAACGAACAACUGCUGAAUUGUCCCACAUUGAAUGCAAAUACCAAUCCGAAUGAAAACUCCAAUGUUAAUGCGAAUGCGAAUGCGCCUAACGAUACCCUACUAGUACUAGUUGCUGCCCCCUCCAAUAUUGCACCCGCACCACCAACAUCAUCAACACCACCACCACCACUACCACCACCACCAACAACAACAACACAACCGCCACAACCAUUAGCAGCAGCAAUAUCGACAGUAUCGACAUCAGCGGCUGCCAACAAUUCGAACUCAAAUCCGCACUCGAAUCCAAUUCGCAGCCUUUCCAAUACGCACUCGAAUUUACAACAAAAUCAAAACAUUUCCUCCAGUUUAGAGAUAAUCCUUUCGCCAAUUAUACAAAGUAGUCGCCGUAUUUUCGAAAACAACAAUUCCGGAGAAUUAAACUCAAUUCCCUGA